CAAGAAAACAAACUGAAGGACACGGACAGCACAACACUCAGUGUGUGUGUGUGUGUGUGUGUUUUUCAAGUUCCAGUUCUUGUGUAUCAAGAAAACAAACUGAAAUGGCAAUUAUUGAAAUCCCAAAGAGAGAGACAGCACCUGUAAUGCCGCGAAAAACAAGGGCAAGUUUCUUCUCUUUCUCUAAAACCUUGUCAGCAAUCUCUUCCUUAUCGAUUCCUUCUUUACCUUACACGCCUUCACACACAUUCUCUGAAACCAUGAUGGAAGAAAACAUCGAAAAUGCCGAGUCCAUGAUCACAAAAUGGGAUCCCAGUGACUCUUCUGAAGUCAAUUUUGUCUCCCUUUUUAAAGAAAACAGAAAAGAAGGCAAGGAGUUCAUCAAAUGUGUCAAGGACUUGCGUAGAGCCAUGCACUUUUUGGUCUCAGAGCAUUCAAGUUCUGAGAAGCUCGUGGUUGCACAUAAGUUGAUGCAAACAGCCAUGAAACGAAUGGAGGAGGAUUUUUACCACAUAUUGUCAGAGAAUAGGGAGCAGUUGGAUCCAGAAUCUGUUUCUAGCUGGUCAUCGCGCGUGUCGCAGUCAAGCAAUUCAGAUGUAGACGAGGAUGUCGAAUCAGAUCAUGAGAUUUGGGCUGUUGGCAAAUCCAUAUCGGAGGUUGAACGACUCUCAAUGAUCGCUCUGUCUGACCUCAAGUUGAUUGCUGACUGUAUGAUUAGCUCUGGUUAUGGCAGAGAGUGUGGAAAGAUAUACAGACUUAUCCGAAGGUCAAUUGUAGAUGAAGGACUCUACAGUCUUGGAAUUGAACAGUACAGUUCUUCUCAGAUUAACAGGAUGAAUUCAGAAGCUUUUGAGCAUCACAUCAAGAAUUGGCAGAAUGCAAUUCAGUUUGCUAUAAAAACACUAUUUCAGGGCGAGAAGUUUCUAUGUGAUCAUGUAUUUUCUGCAUCUGAAACAAUCAGAGAAUCAUGUUUCACAUAUAUAUCAAAAGAAGGAGCCACCAAUUUAUUCAGAUUCCCAGAACUAGUAGCCAAAAGUAAAAGAUCACCAGAUAGAAUUUUCAGGCUAAUGGACCUGUAUGAAUCAAUAUCUGACCUCUGGCCGGAGAUUGAGUCAAUCUUCUCAUAUGAAUCAAUCUCAGCAAUCAAAUUGCAAGCUCUCUCUUCACUCCAUAAACUGGGUGACACAGUCCAAACAAUUAUAUCCGAGUUUGAGACAUCGAUUCAAAAGAACUCAUCAAGAACUCCAGUUCCUGGCGGUGGAAUCCAUCCGCUGACCAAUUCAGUGAUGAAUUACAUGUCUUUUCUAGCCAAUUACAGUAGAGUCCUCUCUGAAGUUGCCACCAAUUUGGCAUCACCAGCAAAAUUGCCUUUCCCAGAAUCUUACUUCGACAAUCCAAACAACGAGGACAACCCAACAUCAGCUGUGUCUGUCCGACUCGCAUGGAUCAUACUGGUCCUCCUCUGCAAACUUGACAACAAAGCUGAGUCCUACAAUGACAUCGCUCUGUCCUACCUCUUCUUAGCCAACAAUCUUCAAUUUGUCGUGGAGAAGGUCCGUUCAACAAAUCUUAAGUUCCUUCUGGGAGAAGACUGGAUACUGAAGCAUGAGAGAAAGGUGAAACUAUAUGCAGCCAACUAUGAAACAAAUGCUUGGAGUACAGUGUUCUCCAGUUUGCCGGAGAAUUUAACAGCAGUUUCAUCACCGGAGAUGGUGAAGGGGUGCUUCAGGCAAUUUAACUCCACAUUUGAGGAGGCAUAUCGGAAACAGACGUCAUGGGUUGUAACGGAUGGGAAGCUCCGAGAUGAGAUUAAAGUGUCAAUUGCAAGGAAACUAGUGCCAGCAUAUAGGGUGUUCUAUGAGACACAUUUGGCAACUCUGAGUGAGGAGAAGAAUUUGGAGGUGUUGGUGAGAUACUCACCUGAUAAUUUGGGGAAUUACUUGUCAGAUUUGUUCCAUGAGACUGCUGCUUCCGGGAGUUCGUCGUCGUCGUUGUCGUCGUCGAUGUCACGCGCAUCACGGUGUCUCCCCUAGAUGUUACAAUACUUUGAAACAAACAGAAAUUACCAGUUUCAUGGUCUGUACUUCAAUUUAUUUCCUUUUUGUUUCAUUUUAUAUACACUGGUUCUUAUGUUUUCCAUUUUCAAGGCUUCCUGAAAAAGACCAGCAAGCCAUGGAGAAGUUAGUUUGAAAAUGCUAGUCUAUCAGGCGCAUAUUUCAUUGUUUGUGCCUUGAAAAUAAGAAACUUGACAAAAGCUUG